UUCCAUUGACCAACUAAAAUACGACAAGGAUAUUUGGAUAUUAUGUGCUGAAGGUGUCCCUUAUUUCCCCAACUAAUAGAUAUAAUGAUAAUGCAUCGAUGGCACCCAUUUAAUGUGACAGCAUGUCUUAUACCCCAUCCCAGGUAUUAUACCUCGCUUACUAGUUACACGUACGCAACUUAAUAAGUGGUCAUUUUUUUAAUUUGUGUCAGAUUUUUUUAUUAAGUCUAAAUCUACACAACCAACAACGUCGCAUCGAGACUGGAACCGUAAACUCUGGCUCAAGGAAUAAGCGCUUCUCUAAUAACCAUAUGUCACGGCGAGGAGCAUGUAUGUGCUAUAUUGCUACGGUAACGACUAAUCCAAACGGCAAGCACACAGUAAUAAUUUUUUUUGUCAGCUUAUAAGUUAGUUUUGAACCCGUUUCCGAACAGUUAUGACGUCAAAAAGCAGUGUGUGUGAAAUAAUACUUUUGUAUAAAAUGGUCAGAUACAAAAUAUAAAAUAUCCAGUUAACAUAUUAAAGUUUAGGCCAUGGAUUUUCGUCGUCGAAAUGUAAAAUCUGUUGGGAGUUACAUAACACCACGUAAGCCGUCGAAAAAUGCCCUCGUCGCUGCCGAUGAUGUUUUAAAUACCGAAGCCAACACUUGUCGUGAGAAGCAGUAUGAGUUACACAAGCAUAAGAACUACUUCCUUGACGAAGUUCGGGAAUUAUGGAAAAAACAACAACUCUGUGAUGUGCUACUAAAUGUGGAAAAGACCCAAUUUAAAGCACAUAAGAUUGUACUUGCUGCAUGCAGUGGAUAUUUGAAAGACAUGUUCGUUGCCAGAGAAAAAAAGCAAGGCGAAAUAAUUAAUAGCGAAUUGACCAAAAUACCCUUGCUUGGCAUCAAGCCAAAAACUGUGGACCAAAUUUUAGAAGCGAUGUACAGUACUUCUAUUACAUUGUCUCAACACACGGUUGAUGAUAUGUUAUCUGCCGCUUCGUUCCUGAGAAUCCCAGCAGUAGUAGCUGCUUGCGGAGAUUUCCUUGCUGAAAUGCUUUGUGUGAAAAACUGUCUUCGGACUUUGCAAGUUGCAAACUUGUACAGUCUAAAUGAAUUACUGGAACGCUGUUAUUCGAUGGCUUGCAAGAAUUUUAUGACGGUUUGCCAUCAAAAGGAGUUUUUAAAGCUUAGAUAUUGUGAGCUGCAAAGCUUGCUACCAAGACAAGAUCUGGCAGUGAAUACUGAGCUGAACGCCUUUGAUGCAGUUGUGCGGUGGAUGGACGGGGAUAAGCCAACUCGAAUGACGUAUGCCGGUCGUCUCAUGCGUCAUAUCCGCUUUCCGUUCAUUCCCGAGAGCGAACUUGUUGAUCACGUGGAAGCUUCUGAUUACGUCACCAAUGUGCCAAAAGUUGGCGACCUUGUCAGAGAAGCUGUUAGAUUUCAUCUUCUAGCGCAUAGAAGAAGCAUUUUCCAAACUGCAAGAACAAUUCCUCGAACGACAUUUAAAAUGAAUGCCAUUAUUGGAAGCGGAGGCUUAUCCCUUAAACGAGAUGGCUCGCUGACUGAUAAAAUAUUCUACUGUGACGUCACAGAAGGAGAAUGGAAGCAUCUAGCCAAUCUACCAGAGCCACGUCAUCACCAUGCAGUUGCAGUGCUCGGGGGAUACUUGUAUGUGGCAGGGGGAGAUAGUACAGAGGGAUGGUCUUCUCCCAGCGACAAGGUGUGGAGAUACGACCUCUGGUCCGAGGAAUGGCUGACAGUUUCUCGUAUGAAGAAACCUCGAGAAAGCUUCCAGAUGGCUGCUUUGGAAAUGAAGUUAUACGUAGUAGGCGGACGAGUUAACAACGGUGUAACAGUUGCUGAGGUCGAAGUCUACGACCCAGCUACCAACAGUUGGGACGAAGUUGCACCGAUAAGUAGUCCAAGGAGACACGUUGCUGUCAGCAGUCUCAGUAGCAAAGUGUAUGCAGUAGGGGGUCUAGUGACGAUUUAGUUUCAAGAAGAGUAGAAAGAUACUGCCCUGCUAGUAACACAUGGGAGCGCAAGCAGCCUUUAAUAAAACCACGGUUUUCAGCGAGUUUGCAUUCCAUUCAUAAUCGACUUUACGUGGUCGGUGGAGCAAGUGUGGAUCCUGCCGACCCUGCAGUUGGCAUCUAUGGAGCGGCAGAUAUUGAAGUUUACACACCCGGUACAGAUCAGUGGUCGAUAUUCAAAGGGCUUGCCAAUACUCGGUUAAAUGGAAAUUUAAUGGAUAGUUCAGGGGGGCUGCAACCCAACGAAUGGCCAAGUUUAAAUUCUGAAUGUCUCGAGUAAGCAUAGUUAGAAAGAGCAGAACAAAGUUAUUGCUGCCGAUUUACCCAAAUACUAUAAUACUGUGGGUACUGCUAGAACUCAAAAUCCGUAAUUUUGAAUUUUGUUUUAACAAUUAACAACGUUUUUUUGGAGUCUCGAGACUGUGGUCUAAAUAUUAUUAGUUUACUUUCAAAAUGAAACAAGAAAAGAGAAUGAUAACAUUAA